UCAGAUUUGUUUUGAACAAUGGCACAGGACCCAGGAAAAGACAAAAACAAAGGCAAAAAGAAAGUCCCAGACAAAGACAAAGUCGAAAGCCAAAGUAGUGGGGGUGGUGGCGGUGGUGGUUCAUCUAACCACGGCAGUCACGGUAGCGGCCAUCAUAGCGGUGGGUCUCACAGCAGUAGCUCAUCGCACAGCGGCCAUUCAGUUAUAGUACCCCAGACUCCUCCAGGCACAGGGGGCGGAGGAAAGAAAGGAUAUAUAACACCACCGCAAUCACCUCAUGGAAAAGGGAAAUAAUAAACGUUUUCGGGUUUAUGGUUUUUCAACUUUAUUGAAGUUUCAAUAUCCUGUACUUAAACCAUGCGUUUCCAGCUUACGUAAAUCUUUUACAGUAUAAUGUAAAAUUUAAUUCUCCAUAUCAAAAUGCAGUAAGCUCUGACUUAUCCAACUUAUCCAAUAAAACGUACUUUUAAAAUCAA